UGUAUCAGGGGGAUGAAGCCAUCAGUGUCCUCCCUCCUCGGCCUCAACCUAAUCAUGUAUAUCAUAGUCGUUAUAAUUGCUGGCUGGGCAAUCAACUAUGGCAUUGAUAACACUUACAUCAAAGCAUCUGCCGAACCUCUGCCGGCACACCUAUUUCCCAUCUACUAUCCAAUGGGAAACAAGGCAACAGGAUUGUUUGUACUCUUUGCUUUGAUAGCUGGAGUGGUAGGCAUUGGGAGCUUGAUCAGUGGAAUGCUUAGCAUGAUGAAGGAAUGGGAUCUCAACAAUCUGGCAUUGGCCUCAUCAUCCGCCAUCGUGACAUGGGGCCUCACUUUAUUAGCCAUGGGGCUUGCAUGCAAGGAGAUCAACAUUGGAGGUCGAAAUGAAACCCUUUGGACAUUGGAAGCAUUCGUCAUCAUUUUGAGUGCGACACAGCUAUUCUAUAUCGGAGCUGUCAAUGCUGAAAUGCCGCAGUCAACCGUGCACUGGCCAUGACACCGCACUGGAAGGGUCUAAAUAAACUUUCGAUUUGUGAGACCAGAAUUCCCUUCAACAACAUAUUCAUAUUUUUUAUUUUGUUUUCUUUUGGGUGUGUAUGUGAUCUAAAAUAAUAUGUAAUAGUUCCAUAUAGAAGGAAAGGGAAUAGCAUAUGCAUGCUUUGACUA